AUGCCUCGUUCUUCAAUGCAACGCCUCACGAUACCGGUUCCAUCCGAGUCUUCUUCUUCCAAUAAUUCUAAUAGUAAUAAUGCAGAGAACACCAAGAACCAGCAUGGAGUUCUGGAAGCUUCCGUUCUCUCAGCGUACGAUCUGCCUCGUUCGGAGGCUCCAUCACAUAUCAGCAUUACAAUUGGUGACAUUGUGCAAGAUUCAGGACCUCCCAUGAGAAAGAACAGGGGCCGAAACACGUAUCGAUUCAGCGGCAACAACAAUAAUGAUAAUGCAACGUCAUCGAGUUCAAACAAGACGACGAUGGAUGAUGAUAGCGGCAUUGUCCGACUAAGUGCACCAAUUCCAAAGUUUUUCAAGUCGAAUUUGCAAGUGAAGGUAGUCUACAAGAACCAGCCUUCGAAACUAUUGGUGGGGGAUUACGAUCUGAAUCAAUUGAGGGUAUGGGAACGUCAAUGGGUCAUACUCACACUGUCGGAUCCAUCCAAACCAAUACCGUCCACAGCCAUUGUCACCACCAUGGACGAUGACGACGACGAGAAUGAAUCCCCCAACUCGACGCCGACUCGACGUCAGGCUCGUGGUGGCGGGGGUGAUACACCUCCGACAUUUCGAAUGGCACUCCACCUCAGUGCACCCUAUCGACCAGAGAUUUCUUCGGUGUUGGCAUUUUCCAAGACAUGGUUUGAAAUGGUGGACAAGCUUCAGGAACAUGUGGAAGAAAUAUGGGGAAAGCUUCCUACUCUUCCAUUUGACAAUAUCUAUCUGGCUCUUCCGGCGGUACCCAUCCUGGCAAUCCUGGUGGUGUCUUCACCGAUCCUGAUCGGUGUCUUGAUUGCGGGAUUGCCGUUUCUCUUGCCGCUAAUGGUUGCCAUUAUGGCAAUGUUCUUUAGUGUCAUUUCUGGAAUUGGCUUUGUCUGCGCAAGUUCCAAGGGUGGACGCGCCUUUCUGAAGGACUUGUUGGAACCAGUGACGGAACCCCUAUUUCACAGUCGGUCGGGUCAGUCCUUGCUGUACGAGAUUGGUCCUCGACCGACACCCGUCCAUAUUGCAAAACUUUUACUGCCUUCUGGUAUAUGGUCGACUCUGGCGGUAUCCUUGGCAAUCGAUUUCAUUGGGUCUGCUUCGUAUCUGUUGCCGUUGGUGGGAGAAGCAUUUGAUCUGCUCUGGGCGCCACUACAGACAGUUCUCAUUAUUGCUUUGUACGAAACGGAAGAUUGGGGAUAUCCCAGCCUGAAAUAUGUUAGCUUCUUUGAGGAAGCCUUGCCCUUUACCGAUAUUAUUCCUACUGCGACGAUUGGAUGGAGUUUGUUGUACCUGGCACCACUGGUAUUGGGAAAAGCCGGGGCUGUCACGGUGGGACAGGCAAUCAUGGCCAGAACGAAUGCGGAAACACGAACUGCACUUACCGCUGAACCCACAAAUGUCCAAUGGGCCUGA